CAAUGAGAAAAGCUCUUACAAACCCUGUGAUAGGCGGAAGUUUACAAUGGCGUCUGCAUUUAAAAAGUCAGUUACAAAAUGUAACUUUUCCGUGUUUUAAGGUUAAACAACAGUCGAAAGUUAAAUGGAAACUUGUGAAACCUCAUCAGAGAUAAAGGAACAAUGUGAAGGAAAAUUGUGCUGUGUUUUGUGUGCAAAAAAUGAAGAAGAGACGGUUAAUGAAGAAAAGAUAUCACUUCAUUGUCUCCCAGGGACUGAUGACGACAGAAGAGAAGAAUGGUUAGGGAAGAUAAAACAAGCAAAACCAGAUGUUCUCAUAUCCGAUCAUACAAGACUAUGCAACUUACAUUUUGAAGACAAUAUUUGUGAUAAUGAUUCAGUACCCACUAAACUUUGUGUAGAUUCAAUUGAACAAAAAGACAAUUCAAAGGAUGAAAAGGUUGAUGAAAAUUUAAAUACUACAGAGAGCAAUCUCAAUAAGGAAGAAGACACAGAACAACCAUCUUGUAGUACAGUCCUUAACAACAGCCAAUCAGAGGAAAAACCAGAACCCAAACUAUCUUUGAAAGAACAGCUAGCUCAAAUUCCAGUAUGUCCAAGUUUAAGUAAGGAACCAGUGAGUGUGAGAUUGUGUGCUAUAAAUACUUACAUCACAUGUGCCUUGUGUGGUGGAUACCUGUAUGAAGCUUCAACCAUUACAGAAUGCAUGCAUACAUUUUGUAAGACAUGCAUUGUAAGACAUAUAGAAAAGUGCCUUAGUUGUCCAACUUGUGAUACAGAAAUCCAUCCUACAGACCCUAUUGUAAAUAUCAGACAUGAUAGUACAAUACAGGAUAUAGUCUACAGGUUACUUCCUAAUGUCGCUGAAGAGGAACAAAAAAGAGAAAAAGAAUACUAUGAAGAACAUGAAAGAAAAACUGGAGAGAAAAUAUUACCAAAAUUGACACUGCCUCCACCCCCUCCAACAACUCCACCUGCUCACAGUCAUGACCCCUUCUCAUUCCCAGUACAAAGGAAAAAGAAAGCUCAUUCUAGAGGAAGUAGGAGACAGAUCAGACGGGAGAUUAAAAAAUAUUUCAAUACAAAUUUUGUAUCGUUACAGCUAGAGUAUGAAGGAGAUGGUAAUAUGGAAGACUGUCCACUUUUACAGGUAGAAUUAGAUAAGAAAUUCUUACGAGUUACAUGUAAAGCCACAGUUGGAAAUAUAGCUACAUUUAUUAGAAAAAAAUUACAGUUAGAAAAAUUUUAUCAUAUUGAUUUAUACCAUCCAACAACUACAGCCUUUCAUUUAGUACCUGCUAAUAACUCUUUAGAGAAAGUUAGAGAACAAUAUUACGAAGGAGAGGAUGUUAUAAUGGAAUUAAGAUACAGGAUCACUGAGGAUUUGUGACAGGAAUUAAGAUUUAAAGUUAACCAAUCUUAAAUAUACACAACAAUUCAACGAUAUAUAUACUAGGGCAGCAAAGAUUCUGUGGUAAUGUAAAUGAUGAUUGACAGUUGAUAAACCGUAUGAAAGGGAUGUUAUUGAGGAGUUUUGCAUAUUGAUACUGAGACAUUCAUGCCAGUGUUUUAUAAAUGUGUCUGUAUGCCUUGUUUGAAUUUGAUUAGUAUUGUAGAGGUGUUUGAUGAAAAUAACUGUUUUUCUGUAUUGUUAGAGAGCUUUGCACUCAUUUUAAAUAUCUAGAACAGAGGGAACAUAACCUUAAAGUUGUAUAAAACUUAAUUUAUGUGGAGUAAUUAUUUACAAUAAUUCUUUUGUAAAAGAGGGAGAUGGUUGACCAAAUAAGCUAAGGAUUUAUAGCUAAUGACAUUUGGACUUAGGAACCCUAGGAGCAAUAAACUAAUGUCAGUGUUAAUUAGACAUUAAAAUUCAAUAAUUGUGGUCCUUUUACACUGUCUAUAGUAAAUAGUUCCAUAAAUUUGAGUUAAGUCUUUGAUGAGGGUUAUUUCAAUGAAAUAGAGUUAGGAUGGGAACGUCUGUAAAUGGAUAAUGGUUUACUUUUUUUAAAAUUGUUAUUUGGAUGAAGAGUUGUCUCAUUGGCACUCACACCACAUCUUCCUAUAUCUAUAUAACCAUAAGUGUCAAAGGACUUCUGUUCUAAAAUUGAAACUUUCUUUACACAUUAUUCUAUGAGUUAUGCCCCUUGGUAAUAGAAUUGUAUACAGAAAGUAACAUUGUAAGCUAUCAUAGGCCUACAUUUCCUGUUGUUAUUUAUGAUAAUUUUUAGAAGAAUCAAAUUUUUUGAGUUCUUGAUUUUUUUAAUGACUUAAUUCAUGAAAAGGUAAUUAAUUAUUUUAAACUUUUACAUUGAAUGUUAAUGAAGAUGUGGUACAUGAAAUGAACUAUUUAUUGAAAAUUUGUUGUAAGCACUUAGGAAGACUUAAUUUUUAAAUUAACAUUGGGAAAGUGAAAUAGCCCUCAAACAUAACCAUUAAUAAACCUGGGUAAAAACUAUGCAAAUAACUAGAUGCUCAGCUAUGAAAAUAUUUUGUCUAUAUGAUAGUUGUGAGUUAAAAUGUCUUAUGUCCUGAUUUUGUAUAUAUUCAUGUAAAAUUAUUGAUUUUUAUCAAAGGCAGUAAAAUAUUAAAACCUGUUCAAAUAACUUUGUAAAAUGUAAUUCAUGAAAACAUUGUUCUUUGAAUCUUAAGAAUUAUUUUUUUACAUUAUUUGUUUUUUUUCGUAACAAAUGCCACUGUUUUGCAAUUAUUUACAUGUAAUGGACAGCAAAUUUAAAUUAUUCCUGUCAAUAGGUUAUAAUUAAAUUUGAUACAUACAAAAGAUAUUACGCUUUAUUAUUUUCUAAUAAAUGUAACAUUUAUGGCAGCACAUUUCCAACAAGUGCAGCAUUAGCAUUUGUAUGUUCUGUAAUCAUGGAAAUCACAUUGUUAAUCAUCAAGAUAUUAGUUGUUAAAGUUUUUUU